UUCUUCCGUCAGCCCGGCCAGCGCGGGACGGCCAGCAUCCCGAGCAGUCCAGGAACGAACCAUCGUCGCGAGCAGAAGCAGGAUUUGGCGCGUCUUUCUCCGAAAGUCUGUGAGCGAGUGCCGCGAUCGCCGAACUGACAAAAAAAAGGCCAACUCGGCACCCUCGGAUUUUUUCGUCUGCGACCGUCAUCCUCGGCGUCAAUCGUUCUCCGUCCCGCCGGUUGUAUACCAUACAGCGAUGAAGAACCGCGGUGUCUGCUCGUCGCUGGCCUGCGCGCCCCUGGCCCUGCUCCUGGCGACGGUGGUCUCGCAGUGGAACGCCGAGGCGUUCCCGCAGGGUGGUCCUGCCGAGUCUUGUGACUCGAUGCUGCCCCGGCACGUCUACACGGCGCCCAAGCCGGCGCACGAAUCUCCCUACACGUUCGUGGCUUCUGCCAACCGUUUCUCCUUCCAGAACGUCGACGGCAUCCAGGUUGAGCUGGGCGGCGCACCCUUCAAGGGCUUCUUCAUUGCUGCCAUGGACCCGCGCACCCAGAAGCGCAUCGGCUCCUUCCUCAAGGUGAAGGGCACGCACCCGGUCAGCUGCAGCGCCGUCACGCACAACGACGCGCACCCCAAGAGCCACGUGUCCCUGCUCUGGCUGCCGCCCCAGAACCAGCCUGAGGGAGAGGUCGUCUUCAUGGCGACCGUCGUGGAGUCGUACGCUCGGUACUACACCGGCCUGGUGGCAGCUGUGCCUGCUGUCCCGACGCUGCAGUACAUCAAGAAGAAAUAGAAAGCCAACACGCUUAGGACAAGAACGGGAGGGGGCGCACCCAAGAGCCAUAUUAUGCGCGCUCGGGUUCACCUCCACAAGCGAAGAACAGAUUUUUUUUUUUUUUUUUUUUUUUGUACCCAGAGUUCCGGAAGCCGCAACCGACCCUGCGUUCGUUGAUUAGCGCAGCGCGUUUGACUAUUCGAGUUUGUAUACCAGAGUUACAGAGCCUUUUCUUUUUUAAUCUGCAUAGUGUUUGAACUGAAAUCAAAGAGCGUGGCGAGUUGAAAGGCGCACCUAAGGCGACCCAUCAGUUAGGCGAGUUCAAAAUGGAACGUGCGCGACGUGGUCUCUCAGUCGCGUCGCACAGGGCUUAUUUAUAUAAAGACACAUUACAAACUGUGGCUACUCCAAGCGUGUCGGCGCUUUUAUCCAGUCACACAAUACGCGCGGUGCUGCCCGCGUGGCUACUUCGCCUGAAGGGUUUAAGACCACCAAGAGAUGGCUCUAACGAAGACAAUAUUUGGAACUUUGGGCGUAGGUGCUUUGCAGAGUAGUCUCCUUGCUUGUAGAGGUGAAUCGCCGACGUGUCCUUUCUGCGCUCUGCUGCUCUAGAAGAGCCAGCGCGUGGGUGGGAGUGGCGCCAGAGAUUCACAAGUUGUACAGAAACGAGCGUGUCUCGACAAGUUGCAAGGUCGAAAAGCUCUUGUGCUGUGAGGAAUCAUUGUUACGUUUUAUUUUUUUAGUCACUUUUAUCCAACAGAAUAGCUUCGUUCGAAUGUCUUUGUUAAAGACAGGAACGUUAUUAGCAAGAUUUCGUCUAGGUUAUAAUCUUCCGGAAAUUUCCAUACUCGUUGAACGCUUUGGCAGCAUUGAAUCGCAUAUGUGGAAGCUACAGCGUCAGUGCAGUUGGAAAAUUGGGCGCUAAUAACUAGCGAUAGAUUUCUACAUAUCUAGUUGCGUUGAAUACGUUGCUUUGUACGCGGGAGGCUACGCACCAUCCGUUUUUAUGCCAUUUUAUCCACGACAAAACAAAGAUUGUGUGUUGUUAUCGAGUAAACUAGGAUAUAGAUAUAACAGGGAUGACGUUCGCUCAUUCAGAUUACCACGUGUGCUCAGCAGCAGCAGCAGCAGUUUUCUUUUUUUUUUUCUUUUGUACCAUACUUCCAAUAUUUGUAUUGUGUCUUUUUAAGUUUUGUUUUUAAGAAUAGUUAUGUUAAAGAUUACUUUUAAGAACAAGCGAAACUCAUUGCUUUUAUAUUUUAUGCACCCUCGCCGGUCUAUUGUAUAAUAAUACUCUCGCCAUACGAUACCGCUACGGGCCCACAGAUAUACCAUGGAUGCAUGCGUCAUUUGUUGCAGUCGGUUUUCUUGAAGCGUACCUCUAUACUUAACGUAUUUAUUAGUGCGCAAUUUCGACUUGAGGCUUGGAAUGAUGCAGUCUGUGUGGUCCAGCUUUGUGUGCAAAGAACACGCAGCUUGCAGUGGAGCUUAACAGGAACGCUAUUAGCCAUGCUUUCUUUAACAAGUUCGAUAGAAAGAAACCAAGACACUGUGCAUCAGCCACACUGGAGCUGCUGGAAAUGGUUUCCAGUGGCGCUGUUAAACGUUUAGCAACAUUGUUAAUAAAAAACGUCCAGAAAAAUG